GCGUGUCCGCAUCGAAAAGUUUAUUUGCACGCGAAUGUAAUUCAAUGUAAGUUUCGCAGUCACGGGCCGACAGCUUGGUAGAUACGUUCAGGGAAUAAACACAAACGCCUCCGAUAUUCCUAAUGCCUUUGUUGUAGGGGGCGGGGGACGCAUGAGCACAGCGUCGCGGCGCUUCAACACAAGUGCGGGAUUACCGGCGUCGGUCCAGCAGCUUCAUUCUAGUGCCGCGUCCGCUUCUCGCCGUUUUGUUAACAUUUGCUUGCGUCUGCUUCGUCGUGGAGAAGUGGUCGUAGAGAGGCGAUUGCCAUUCGGGACGCGUCCGCGCGGAUUGAUGCCUUGGCCGAAAAACUGGCCCGCGAGAUGAAGACGUCAUCCCGUGUCUCCUCUUAAUGAGCUGUCCGCGAUCCGUCACGCGAGAUCGUGGUGCGCGUCAGGGGGCGGCUCGCGGUCCUCCGCUCUUCACCGGCAUGACGGCUCGGGAUCUCUUCGCCCUUUGGACUUUCCUGCGAGACCCAGACCGGUGAUACAAAACCACCAUCCGACUUCCCGUUUCCGCAUGGUCUGAACAUGUGUCGACCGAAGAGCCGACUUGGAUGGUGAUCGUCCGACGAUAAACAGACGUUUUUCUUUCGUUCUAUGAUUUCGUUACGAUGGUGCGCAGGAAGAGGAAAGUCCGCUUUCUUUUGUAAGAAUAACAAUCACGGGCCCUAUGACGGUCGUUCUCGCCAUCCAAUGAGGAAGUCAGCAGUGGCCGCCAUCUACACCGUGACCUCGUGAAGCCAUCCCAAGUGAGCGAAAACUAGUGUAAUUGUGUAAAAAAAGUGGCGAUGAUACAAUGUCCUUAGUGCUUUAGUGCGGUUUAACUGUGUCUAGAGUGCCCAUUCUGUGAUCAAAGAAUUAUGAGUUCUUACUUCGCCAAUUCCUACAUGCCGGACAUGCGAAAUGGGGGUGUAGUUUCCGCGGAGCACCCGCACCAACACCAGCACUACGGCGCCGCCGUCCAGGUGCCCCAGGGCGGAGCGGCCGUCCAGUCCGACCCCAACACCUGCGGCGGCGAUCCGUCCGUCGUGGGCCUCCGUCAAGGCAUCCCCCCGCACCACUAUGGCGGCCCUCCAUCCGGGGGCCAGCCGCCCCAGGGCAUGCCCUACCCGCGCUUCCCGCCCUACGACCGGAUGGACAUCCGGGCGGCGGGCUACUACGGCGCGCAGCAGCAGCACAUGGACGGGAACCAGGAGUACCGGCCGGACAGCCCCAGCAGCAUGCACAUGGGGAGCAACGCCGCCCCCAAUGGACACCAGACGCCCGUGGUCUACGCCAGUUGUAAGCUGCAGGCGGCGGCGGUGACCCAGAACGGUGUGCUGGGACCUACGGGGAGUCCGCCCCUGCAGACGUCGCAGUCGAUGAACAACCACCACAUGGGCCACCAUAUGCAGGAGCAGCAUCCGCAGCACCACCAGCAGCACCACCAACAGCAGCACAUGAUGUACGGUGGCCAGCAGGGCGCGAACAUGCACCAGCAGGGCCCGCCGCAUCAGCAGGCGCCCAUGCAGCAGCAACCGACGCAGGGGCAGCAACCGCCGGGCAACACGGCGGCGGCGUUACCUAGUCCUUUGUAUCCCUGGAUGAGGAGUCAGUUUGAGAGGAAACGGGGCCGCCAGACGUACACCCGAUACCAAACGUUAGAGCUGGAGAAGGAGUUCCAUUUCAACCGCUAUUUGACGAGACGACGUCGCAUCGAAAUAGCCCACGCACUGUGUCUAACCGAAAGACAGAUCAAGAUCUGGUUUCAGAACCGUCGCAUGAAAUGGAAAAAGGAGAACAAGACCAAAGGGGAAGGCGGAUCGGAAGGUGGCGGCGACGACAUCAGCCCCCAGGGCUCCCCCCAGUGAACCACCUCACGAUAACCAUGUACCUAAUAACACAUUGUAGUCAUUGCAUUUUCUUUUUGCCGGAUCUCCGACGAAAAGGUGCGCUCUUUCGGCAGGAACUCUCCAAAUUCCCAAAACACAACCAUAAUGACCUCCACAAGUCCUUUGUGUAUAACUCAAGUCGAUAAUUUAGUUCCGAUGAUCGCGAUUCUCAUUGAUCGAUUUUAUAGUUUAUUUAUUUAUAUAUUGUAUAGAUAUUGAUAGUUUUAUUGCGCGAAUUUAUAUUUGGACUCUCCACGGAUGAUUUUAGAGGCCAGUGCUACGUGCAAUCCAGUGAUGCAGACGAACUGCCCAGUGAUGAUUUUGUAUAAAUAUUUUCUAAUGUAAUUUUAAAAAUGAGUGGUUCGCUACGGUUCCGGGGGCGGCUGCAAGUUUUCGGAAAUGAAGGUCAGUGGACGACUUUUUUUUGAGAUGUGGCGCUAAGCGAGCUGACUGGAAUUUUUCCGCAGUUUUUUUCACGUAUUUUUUAUGAUGUACCUACUGAAUUUCCAGUGAGUUUGUUGAAUCUGUGUGAACAUUAGACUUCUGAGAUAGAUCGAAAGUGUACGUUCGGCAACUAGAAUUGUUUACUUAUAAAAUGUAGAUAUUUCGAAUGAAUGUAUAUUUGGUUCUACUAAUAAGUUAUACAAAUGUGUAAAUAAAUCCGGUAAAGAAAAGGAUAUGAAAUAUACGAUAUUAUUAAAAUUACGCACUUUCAUGCCAAAGGUAGAGUAACGUUAUCCAUGUAGGACGUUAACAAUACUCAGAUACGUAACACUUUGUAUUUUUAAGGAAUUUUGCUAUCCAGCAAUGUUUAACAUUCGGAGUAUCAAAAAUUAUUUGUUUGAGUUUCUUUUUCGAAAAAUGAAGAGAAGAGAAUAUUUUAUAUACCAUGUAAUUGGAACCGCAAUUGAAGACACAAUUGCUAGUGAUAAUAGUAACGAAAUACGUAACGCUGCUACAAAUCGAGUAUACGUAAUUAAUUAUUUUAAUAUAAAAUCAGAGCUAUGUAAAAACGGUUAGGCAAAUUAAAUAGGUUUCAAAAUUAUUUAUUGAUAAUUUAAACGUUCGUCCCUAUUUAAGUUGGUUAACCAUUUAUAUACGCAAAUAUUUAUACUAUAAAUUAGGAUUUGCAGUGGCAUGCUGUAUAUUUGUACCUAUAUGGAUAAAUUAGAGUAUAGUUCUUUGUGCUGUGGUGUAAUAUUUUAGAUUAGAAGUACUAAGUUUGGCCGACACUUAAUUUCGGACAAAUUACCUUUAAUUUUGUAAAUGAACAAAAGAGAUACUGUAAUAUAAAUUAUAAUUUUAACCAUCCUAUAUAAAUUUUUAUUUGA